AUGUCAGAUGUAGACGUUGAUAAUGGUCGAAAGAAUCAUCUUCAGGAAUUGAAAGAUACUGAUAAGAUACGAUUCUCGUGGAAUGAACUCAAAACGUUAAUGGAUGCUCGUAAUAAAUUUAAGGAGCAAACAGAUUGGAGAAGAGAAGCUGAAUGUACUAUAGACAAUGUAAAAGAUAAACUGAAGUACCAAUUAUCCGAAAGUGACUUUGACGUACUUGCAGGGGAGAAAGCAGGAAUAAGGAGAUUAAGUAAGGAUGCUUCGAUAAAAAAUGUUUGCGCUGAUUUUGUUAGAAGAAGAAAUGAAUUUCAAGAAGCAUGUAGAUUUGUAGUAGCAGAAAACAUGACUAUAGUCCAUGAUCACUGGGUUGAGCGUGAGAAUGAUAGAGAAUGGAUUGCAAGAGAUAUUACAGAAUGCCUUAUGCAAUUGAUAAAAACAAAUUCUUUCCAUCGAAUUUCUAGAGGUUCUGAGAAUACUCUUGUGGAAGUUGUGGCUCGUCUAAUUGACGUAUCUAUAUAUCAAUUACCAAUUAAUAGAAUUAAUAGUGAAGUUGAAGUAACAAGAAAUGAGCGUCAAAGUGUAGCUAGUAAGAAUCGCAAGGCCAAACAAAAGAAUGGUGCAAGGGGUAACAGGCCAGAUUUUAUGAUUCAAGCAUUCCUAGGUCAAAAAUGGAAUGAGAUUGUACAGUCCCCGGCGAAAAGAAUGGCG